AGCGUAGGAAGGUAACGCACAGCGAGGACUAUUCGGUGCUUUUGUUUUCGCCCCCUCUCUCCUUCUUCGCUCACUCAAGAUGAUGUCCAAGGCUGCCUUCAUGAUGCAGGAUCACCUGCGACGCAACUACGUGAUGAUCACCGACAUCACCAACCCCAACACCUUCAUCGUCCGCGGUCGCCUGCCCUUUCCGCAAGGGCUCACCGCCAUUGCCGUCCUCUUCAGGAACAAGCGACCGGCAGAUGUGUACGCGCACCCCUACUUCAUCGAGAAGCAGGGUGACCCAUCGCAGCCCUCCCCGCAGCUGCACCUCACGGAGGAGUCGCAGGGCAUCAUGAAGAUUCUCAGCGGUCUGCGGUACAUGCGCGACGACAACGUGAAGCUGGACAACACGAUGGUGUGCGUGACGGACUACAAGGUACCGGUGGAGGGUCGGAUGCCGCGGGUACCGGCGGAGGCGGCGGAGCCACAAGUCGGGCCGCACAUCGCGACACGUUCAGACAACCACGCAGCGGCUGCGCAGGACGAGCAGGAGAAGAAAAGCCACCGCAGCAGCUUGUCGCUGGAGCAGCGAGCGAUGCGGCGGCGCAGCGUCCACCACGUCCAGCAGCUGCCGGGCGGUGGGGGCGAUAACGGUCUGGGCUUCGGUGGGGGAGUGCGGAACCCCGUCUCGCGCGGCGCGGCGGGUGGCGGGGGAGGCGGGACGUCAUCAUCGGCGGCAUCGGCGGCGGCCCCGUCAGAUGAUCCAGCUGUUCUCCCCGGCUAUUCUCCGUUUCCCACACCGGAGGAGUGUGCGGCGGAUGCGUGGGUCGUCUAUCGUUUUCUGAAAGCCUCGGUCUUCGGCCGACGGGCACUGGCGAACGAGGAGGAGAUGAGCCCCGCUCACCGCCUUCACGCACCCUCCCUCUUCGAGCACCGCCACGGCGGCUACACGGUGCUCUACAACCCAAUCGAGGUGAAUGAGAAGACCUUCGUGGAGCUGUUGCUGAAGCUGCACCGCGAGGAGCGGGUGGUGAAGGCGAUUGUGGUGCCGACCCGACCGGCCUGGCGGCAGCUGCAGGUCUGGGCCGAUGUAUUCCCUGAUGCGGAGCUGAUCUGCAGCGGGGAGGUGCCGCUGGUGGAGAGCCGUGGUGGCGUUCCCAAUCCGACUCCACCUCCUCCUCGCUCUGCUACGUCUUCGACGCGGGUUGGAGCUGGCAGUGAGGUGCCGGCGGACCUUCACGGCAGCAGCACCGCGCAUGUCAGCGGGUAUGCCGCGGAGGCGGGUGUGUGGCGCGGCGGCUGCCAAGAUCUCGGCGACGGCCUGACCGGUCUCUCAUUCCCGGAGGUGGACUUGGAAGCCGAGGCGGCCGCGGAGCGGCGACGGACGGCGGCGGCGACCGCACGAGCGCGUGCGACGGCGGAAGCGGUUCGACUCGAGCGUGAGGAGGAGCGACAGCAGCAGCAGCGGCAUCAGCAAUCGCCGCGGCACGCACCGCCAACCGCGGCGGACGUGUCGGAAGAGGAACAUGCGCAUCACGGCGAAGCAAACGCAGCGGCGGACCCCCUCGCGACGCAGCGGCGUCGGCAAGAGGAGAAGAUGCGACUUCGACGCGAACUGGCAGCCGAGGAGGCGGAGGAGGCGGAGAAGGCACGUCGGCGCUCUCUCCCUGCUGCCAGUCCGUCCACCCCCUCUCUAUCAAGAUCACCAUCCGCAUCGGCAGCAGCAGCAGCAGAAGAAGAAGAUGCGGCAGACGAGGACGACGAAAGGGACUUGGUCGACGUCCUCUGGCGCGACGUGUCCUUCUUCACGGAAAAGGCACAGCAGCCGGUGGGCCUGCGGCGCAGCGACCUGGACCGCCUGCGCGUGCUCGUGCCUCGAUCAGCAACAGCCACCACCACCGCCUCCCCCGUUGAGCGGGUGGAGCUGACCCCGACCAUCGAGCUCCUGCGCAUCGCUGGCGACGCGGUCGCUGAGGAGUACGUGCUGUACGACGCCAACAGCGGUGCCCUCGCCUGCACCGACCUCUACCACGGCGCCUACGCGGACCUCGACCCGGCCAACUCAUGGAUGUGUCGUGUGUGGUUCAAGUUCAUGAAGCGUGGCAACUACAAGCGAGCUGACAUCGCGCCGCGGUACAAGUGGCUUCAGGUGCUGCGCCAGCGGUCUCUUCCAGCGCUUCAGGCCGCCAUUGAGGAGCUGACGCGGACCCGGCCCAUCCGCUUUCUGUUAUUUGCGCACGGCACCCCGCCGCUGCAGGGCGAGGGAGCAAACCUCCUCCGACAGCAGUGGAGCCUGCCACCGCUGCACCCGGCGGAGAUGCCGGGCGAUCGACGUGGACGGCGGUGA